CGCCUGCUUGCACCAGAAGACUGCGAGGGAGCCCGGGCUGAGCGGCAACCGCAAUCCCGGGCGACGAUCGCCCAUUGGGAUGCCCUCGUCCUGACCAUGUCUGAGUGUCAAGCUCCAGACGGCGACUGUAACUCCGGGCGAUGCCUCCUUCAGGACAAGGAACAUCCAAGACACCUGAUCCCGGAGCUUUGCAAACAGUUCUACCAUUUGGGCUGGGUCACUGGAACCGGAGGCGGCAUUAGCCUGAAGCAUGGAAAUGAAAUCUACAUCGCCCCUUCAGGAGUGCAAAAGGAACGAAUUCAGCCUGAAGACCUGUUUGUUUGUGACAUAAAUGAACAGGACAUACGUGGGCCUCCGCCACAUAAGCAGCUCAGCAAAAGCCAGUGUACCCCCCUGUUCAUGAACGCUUACACAAUGAGAGGAGCUGGCGCAGUGAUCCACACCCACUCGAAAGCUGCUGUCCUGGCCACCCUCCUUUUUCCUGGACAAGAGUUCAAAAUUACCCAUCAGGAGAUGAUCAAAGGAAUCAGGAAGGGUACCUCAGGAGGGUAUUAUAGAUACGAUGACAUGUUGGUAGUGCCCAUUAUUGAGAAUACACCUGAGGAGAAAGACCUCAAAGAGCGCAUGGCCCGUGCGAUGGAUGAAUACCCAGACUCCUGUGCAGUGCUGGUCCGACGUCAUGGGGUGUAUGUAUGGGGAGAAACAUGGCAGAAGGCUAAAACCAUGUGUGAAUGCUAUGACUAUUUGUUUGAUAUCGCUGUUUCAAUGAAGACAGUUGGGCUAGAUCCUACACAGCUUCCAGUUGCAGAGAAUGGAAUUGUGUAAACAAGUGUGAAGUGCAAGACAUAAGUGAAACUUAAUUAUUUUUUAAUCAAUUAAAAAUAUCCUUGAAGCAUA